UCGUGACAAUAGCCAAGACAAAUAAGACACGAGAGUUUUCAAAAAACAAUUUAUCGUUCGUUCGAGCAAAAGAAAAGAAAAAUCUUGAUCCAAGAAAAAUGUUCACCUUCGUAAGAAGAAUAAUUUUUCCAUUAUUAUUAAACGCGUUUGCAGUUUCAUUCCUCGCCCAGGAUGCAAAAACUACGGUGUUUCCGCUCCCCGGAAAUGGCUCCGUUCUCGAAUCAUCAGCCAGAGUGGAAACUGCGCUUCAACCGGAUAUGACGCGUUCUUCCGAGCUUCUCGCGCAUCCCUCCACCGCACCUGUCAAUAAUUUUCUCCUCGCCCCCCAAAGGCCUUACAUUCAUCUGAGGAGCGACAACGUGCCGGCUUACGUGUACGAUCAUCCGCAUUUCGGAUAUCCGGUGGCGCACUCGAUCGAUUAUCCGGUUGGACCGUCCUCCAAGCAGCUUAUGAUAGUCAGUUUCAUCGGUUUGUUGUUGCUGUUCGCCGUUAUUCAGAACACGAUCGUGAACGUGAAACGAAGAGAGCUUCUCACGGAUGUGCUCUCGGCGAGGAAGAAGAGAGAGCUUUACGCUUCGUACAACUUUGACUCCGUGACACCGGAACAGGAAGAGGUGCUCGACGAGGACGCGAGGGUGAGAUGCAUACAGAGGACCGUUUGCCUGGAGAAUCGAAAGCUCUUGAAGGCGUUCGGCGCGACCGGCAAGAUACUGGCCAAGUACUUGACACGAAGCGUGGAGAAAUCUCUCGAGUCAUCCUCCGGAUGGUUCCGUUUGGUCCGGGACGCGGGCGAGGCUGGGAUUCGUGGCGAGGACUGCGAGGUGCUUUACAGGGGUUGCGACGAGCGAGUUCCUUCGAAGGAUGCAUCGCGAUAGAUCGAUAAGACGAUGAUAACACGUUUCAUCCAUUUACCCAGAUUUGGAAUAUUUUUUUUUGCUAUUGUUUUUAAUAGAGAUUAAAUUAUCAAAUUGGCGGAAGAAGAGAUUCGUAUACUAUUUCGAUUAAUGAAGAGUUAGUUUUAGUUAAAAUAAAAUUGACAAAUUAUAUUUAAAUUGUUUUCGCGUGCACGAAUCUAAUGAUAGAUGUGUAUUUUUUUGUAUUUAAAAAAAAAAGAAAAAGAGGGACAAGGAGAAAAAAGGUUGGAUCGAUCGAUCGGACGAAUAAAAAAGCGGGCGGUAUUAAUGACUUUUAAUUUUAAUUACAAUAUGCUGUGUUGUGUUUUUUUUUUUUUGUUCUUUAUCUGCUACAAACAUCGACAUCUAGCCUGAACUAUUUUAGAUAGCAGUCCGCUCUCUAUACACGCUCCAUUUAUACUCACUCCCUCUCUCUUUCUCUCCAAUCUCGUUCUCUCUCGUCGUCGGAAUUAUAAAAAAAUAUCAAAUCACGAACAGAAUGGAGACAAACCGCCGCACCUACUGCACCACCCUUUUGUUUGCUACUUUUUGUCCUCUCGUUUCACGUCAAUAUAUAUCUCGCUUCGCGUUUGCUUCGUUCGUUAUUUCUCUCUCUUUCUGUUUACCACCUCCCCCUUCCUUUCGAUCUAUCUAUCUAUCUUGCCACGAUCCUCUUGUAUCCAGCCUCGCGUCACAACUAAUUAUACAAGUAACGCUAUACCAUUAUUAUCGUUUAUAUAACAUUAAGGCAUUACAUAUUUAUAAAUUCUUCGUGUUCACUCGCCACUAUACAGCAAUACCACGUUAAACUCGUAAACUUAUGCUUAAAUAGACGUGAGAUCGCUCGUUGCAAUAGUCCAGGCUUCAAAGGGGAAAAAAAAAAACACAAGAGAAAAAGAACAUUGUGUGUGAAACAAGCUUCUUCAGCAAACCGGGCCGGAAGUGGUCUCGAUACACGCUGUCCUUUUCUUAAAACUUAAAAAAAUAAUCCACUUCCUCGGGAGGAUAUUUUCGUCUCUGUAUUUUUUUUCUUCUUCUUCUCCUUUUUCGAAUAAUCUACCACUAGUUUAGUUCUUUCUCGACGACGAAGAAAUUCAAUUUUUAAAUUUUAUCCAACUUGAUCGCGUUAAAUUCAUUUUUUGUUUCUCUCUCUCUCUCUUUUGCCGCGCAAACAAACAAAAAGAAUUGGGAAAAGAACGAAUAUUCGGUUCGAAGACCAUCCGGUGCCAGAUGCAAUGCGCUCGCAUUCUUUGUUCCGGCUUUUCCUUCUUUCCUUCCAUUCUCGCACAACCCUUUUGUUUGCCCGCUUCUUUCACACUGAACGCACACACGCACAUCGUAUACACACACACACAUACACACACAAUAUCUCUUCUUUUCUCUCUCUCUCUCUCGACUAUCACUUUGCACGCACGCAGCUUAAAAGUCCAGCUAAUUAUCGUAUCGACAAUAAAUUAGACACAUUUGUCGAGGCAACGUAGUUUUGCACAGGCAGGCGGCAGGCAGUUCACAAAAAAAUAUCUCGAAAUAUCCAUAUUUUUUUUUCAUUUUUGUUUUCGCAACUCUAUUUCCAUUUCUUGGUUUUCGAACACAUUUCCUUCGACGGCAAAAGUUGACAAUU